AUGACAGAGACCGUGGCUGGUAUGCCAGCAACCGUGGGAAUUGUUGACGAAAUUCCCAAUUUUCGUGGAUUUUCCGUUCGAGGGAUUAGUGCUGAGGCGGUCAGAGCUUCCCGUAUUUCUUUGGAAAGAGCCCAUGAGAUAAUCUUGGGUUCUUCAUCGAAAAGGAAAGCUGCAAGUGACCAAGACUCUGAAAAAGAGGAAGAUGGGGGUUCCUUGGCUAUUAUGACUGCUUCCAUAAUUCCUCCCUCGACUACUCCUUCUUCAACUGUCCCUUACUCAAAAGUUGGUUCUUCAAGUAGGAGUGGUGCUAUGAGGCGAGUUACCAUUGAAGUCCCCACUGAAGGUAACCUUUUAAGGAAAUCAGGUCAAGCUGACGUGUGGCUAAAGACUUUGAUUGGUCCAGUUGAGAGAGCUAAGCUUGAUAGCCAUAGUUCUGUGACCUUGAUGAAUGAUAUAGUGCAUGCUUCUUUAAAGGUCAAUCUAAUUGGAACGAAGAUGAUGAAAAGGGUUACCCUCUUAGAGCAAUUAGUGCGUGACUACCAAGUGGAGGCAGAUAAUUGGAAGGAACAGUGUGAAAGUCUUCAAAUCGACGUGAAAACAUUAGAAGAAAGUAAAUUUACCUUAGAGCAGCAGGUACGGGCUUUGAAUUCAGAGUUGGCAGUUGAAAAAGCUUCUUCAAAUCAAGCAGAUAAGGAAAAGGCUCACCUGGAAACCUCUUUUUCUAAGCAAUUGUCCAAGGAAAGUGAUGAAAUUAGAGAGUUGAGGGAUCUCUUGGGUGAAAAAGAAGCAUAUGCUGGUGAACUCAUGCAGAAUUUGACUCAAACUCAAGAAGACCUCCGGAUAUCUUCUGAUAAGGUUUGUUCUUUAGAAAAUUCUCACGCUUCUCUUCAAGCUUCUUAUGAAUCUACCUUGGCUGAAAAUAAAAAGUUAAGAAAUGAAAUUGCUGACUGGGAAAGAGAUUACUAG